GCGGCGUGUCAUAUGACCCAGGAAAGAUGGCUGAAGAAGCCGGAGGGAGUUCCCUGCCGCCUGCGACCGCGGAGCAAAAAGAGGACUUCGAAGUCAUUGACCGUACCCAGGUCCCUGGCACGGCGGAGCUGAGAAGCGAGGGCAAAGAGAGGGGGGCCGAGGACUCCGGGUGGUCUUCCCCCAUCUUCUCGCUGGCCAAGAAAGCGUCGGAGAACUUAGCCGCCAGCUAUGGCAGUGCGCUGAAGUCUGCAGCUUUGGUAGGACUCAUGCCCAAAACCGUCAGCAAUGACAGCACUGCAGGACAAACAGCUAAAUACCAAACCAUGGAAGAACGUUCAAAUCUUAUGAACAUGAUGAAGCUGAGCAUUAAAGUCUUAAUUCAGUCAGCGCUGAGUUUGGGUCGGACUCUGGAUUCUGACUUCCCUCCCCUGCAACAGUUCUUUGUAGUCAUGGAGCACUGUCUCAAGCAUGGACUGAAAGCUAAGAAGAGUUUUAUUGGGCAGCAGAAAUCAUUCUUUGGACCUUUAGAACUGGUGGAAAAACUUUGUCCUGAAGCAUCAGAUUUAGCAACAAGUGUCAGAAAUCUGCCAGAAUUAAAGACACCAGUUGGAAGAGGCAGAGCGUGGCUUUAUCUUGCUGUGAUGCAAAAGAAGCUGGCAGAUUACCUGAAAGUUCUCUUGGACCACAAACAUUUGUUGAGUGAGUUUUAUGAGCCUGGUGCCUUGAUGGUGGAAGAGGAAGGAGCUGUGAUGGUUGGUCUGUUAGUAGGGCUGAAUGUUAUCGAUGCAAAUCUCUGCUUAAAAGGAGAAGAUUUGGAUUCCCAGGUUGCUGUGAUUGAUUUCUCCUUGUACCUUAAGGAUACACAAAACAGUGACAAUGGCAAAGAAGAUGGAGGAAUAACUGCUGUGCUUGAUCAGAAACAUUAUGUGGAAGAACUUAACCGGCAUCUAAGCUGCACUGUUGGAGAUCUUCAGACCAAGAUAGAGUGCUUAGAGAAAACAAAUUCAAAACUUCAGGAAGAGUUGGCAGCAGCCACAGAUCGAAUUGAGGCCCUUCAGGAGGAACAGAAGGAGCUGAAGAAGGAAAAUGAACUAAUCCGUGAACGAAGCGAAAAGCAUGUUGAGGUAACCAAAGAGGACACUAAAGUUGAAUUAGAAACAUAUAAGCAGUCACGGCAAGGCCUAGAUGAGAUGUACAGUGAUGUCUGGAGGCAGUUGAAAGAGGAAAAAAGAAUCCGAACGGAGCUUGAAAAAAUGCUGGAGCUGCAGAUUGGAUUGAAAACAGAAAUGGAAAUUGCCAUGAAACUCUUGGAGAAAGAUACUCAUGAAAAACAAGACACUUUGGUUGCUCUUCGCCAACAGCUGGAGGAAGUUAAAGCCAUCAAUUUGCAGAUGUUUAAUAAGUCUCAGAAUGCAGAAAGCUCAUUGCAACAGAAAAAAGAAGCAAUAUCAUCCUUUGAAGGCAAGACAGAUCAGAUGAUGUCUUCUGUGAAGCAAAUGGAAGAGAGACUGCAACGUGCAGAAAAAGCCAGGCAGGAUGCUGAAGAGAAAACUGUCAAAUUGAAAAAAGAACUGGGAAGUAAGAUUGAGACACUGAAGCAACAACUACUCCAGCUGGACAAUAAGUGCAAAACACUUGAGAGAGAAUUAAAAUCAGAAAAAGAACAGAGACAGACAUUGCAACAAGAGUUGCAUCAAGAGAAGGAUACUACAACUUUGCUAAAAACAGAACUGCAACAAGUAGAAGGGCUGAAAAAAGAGUUGCGAAAACUGCAAGAAGAGAAGCAGCAGUUAGAAAAGAUGCGCGAAGAACAGGAACAGGCCCUUCAAGAAAUGGGACUUCACCUUAGCCAAUCCAAGCUUAAGAUGGAAGAUAUUAAAGAAGUAAAUAAAGCACUAAAGGGUCACACCUGGCUAAAAGAUGAUGAAGCAACCCAUUGUAAACAGUGCCAAAAAGAGUUCUCCAUUUCUAGAAGAAAGCAUCACUGUCGAAACUGCGGUCACAUUUUCUGCAACACUUGUUCCAGCAAUGAACUUGCACUACCCUCCUAUCCAAAGCCUGUAAGAGUUUGUGAUACCUGCCACACUUUAUUGCUUCAGAGAUGUUCAUCAAAUGCUUCCUAAUCUAUUGGCUUGUUUUAGCAGAACCAUGCAGAACUAGAGAAUGGUUAGAAUCUUCUUGUCUUAACUCAGAACAGAGGGGAAAUUAUCCAAAUUGGCUUUCCCUUGUAGGACUAAUUGUUCAGUGUGAGAAGGCAUGUGAUGAGGAGCUUGCGCCGGGGGAGGGGCUUUCAUGUUUCCCUUUCUGCUUUAUAUUUAGACAGCAAGAUCCUAAACUAAACCUGUACUGCGUUUUGGGCAGAAUAUAAAUUCUUCCGUUCUUCAUGUAUCCCAUAACCUCUCAAUGGUACUAUUUGCCAUGUUACGCUGGGUCAAAGAACAUUUACAAAAAAGGGGAUUAACAUAAACUAUGGAAACUGCAUUUUGAAUCUAUUAAAUGCAAGAAAAAUGUCACAAUCUCAAAUGUUCUCAUUGUACUAAAACACUGACAAGUCAUGCUUCUGAUUGUUUUUAAAUGCAAAAAAACUGUAUAUUUAACUUUGUACUUAAUAUUUGUGUACUGAUCUCUGAAACAAUACUUUUCUGAACACAUUAUCAGUGAUAUACCUAUUGUGAUAAUACCACUUAAAUUCUCUAGAUUUUUAUGCAAAGUUCUUGUUAGCAUCUUUAAACAUGUCCCUAUGGAAUGAUUUUUAAAAACCAAUGUAAAUGAAUGUGCCUUUGCUAUACUUCAAAAGACAGUAUAGAUUCAUUUCUAAAGUACCAAUGCAGUCAUAUACAGUACUCAAAAUGAAAUUAAAAAGGUUAACGUGCACCUUCAUAAAAUGUUCCUUGAAAAUUUUAUCCACAAGAAUUCAUUUCAUGUGGCACUUCUGUUCGUUUGUGAGGUAAUACAAGAGCAAAGAUGGCAGUGGUUUCAAGCAAUACUGUUUGCAUGAGCUGCAGACUACUGUCCAAUAGUUGUAUAAAAUUCAGGCUUUUUAGCUAGUUGAUUAUGGAUAGCCAUGUUUGUACCCAAAACAUAGUCAAAGGAUUUGGAGAUGAAAGUUUGAAACAGAACAGAAAUUGAUAUAAGUUUGGAUGUAUUACAAGCCACAGAAUUUGAAGUUAAUCAGGGGUAAAUAAUGUUGAUACAGGCAGUUAGAAACUCCCAAGAAUGCCAGUAGGUGGGCAUGCCCAACUGAAAGAUUAAUACAAAGAAACUCCCCUUUCUGAUAGUACAGAACUCGGAUCAUGUUUAGUUGUAAGACUGAAACAUCUCAAGGUGAAGAAACUAAUGUUCUUUGAACUGGUGGCAGCAAAAGCAGUGGUAGCAACCACAGUAGAAAGCCAUAGCGGGGCUCAAGGGUUGGAAAAAAGGAAAAAGGACAAUGGAAAUAGGAAUAAAAUGGCAAAGAUCAGUUGGGUAAUGAUGUACUUCAAAAAGGCAAUUUGGAUCCAUUUGUCUAUAGUGGCAAAGGAGUCAUACAGGAGUAUUUUGAUGAGUGGGGGAAAAUUUAAUCUGGGAAUAUAGAACAGUUGUACAAACAGUGAUGCUCGCAUAGAGGAAGAAAACUGAAGUACAGUCGUACCUCACUUUACGAGGAAAUCGCUAUACGAUUAGGUUUUUGCAAUUGCAAAAUGUUUUAAAUGGGUUUUUUCAUUUAACGA